AUGCGCCGCCCCGCUGGGAGCCAGCCGGCCCCGCGCCCCGGCUCCAGCGGGCGGCCGGCGAUGGGGCGGCGGGGCGCGCCGGCGAGGAGCAGCGCCGGCGGCGGCCAGGAGAGCCUGCGGAAUCUAUUCCUUUUCCUGCUCUUCCUGGGACCUUUCAACUGUUUCGCGAGCUACAGUCGUGCCACCGAACUCUUCUAUAGCAUCAAUGAGGGGCUGCCCGCCGGAGUCCUCAUUGGGAAUCUUGCCCAGGAUUUACAACUUCAGGGGGUGGUAGAGGAAGAGGCAGGGGCUGAAGGGAAACAGCAGCUGCCCCAGCAAUGGGGGAAAACCCCCCUCUCCUUCAGCCUUGCCUCCCAGGGAUUGGGUAGUUCGUACAUAAACCUGGACAAUCGGACGGGAGAGCUGCGCACCUCUGCACGCGAGAUUGACCGGGAGGAGCUGUGUACAGAGGAUAACGUAGGGUCUUCUGUGGUUGCCUCUUCGUCUUCCUCCCCGGUACUGUCUUCUGAGUCAUGCUUGCUGCUGCUGGACGUGUUGGUGUUGCCGCAGGAAUAUUUCCGCCUAGUCAAGGUGAAGAUCGCCAUCCAUGAUGUCAACGACAACGCGCCGUGUUUCCCCACCCCACAGAUACACCUCUUUGUGCCUGAGAAUUCACCCAUCAAUACCCGCUUAGCCAUUGAGCAUCCGGCUGUGGAUCCGGACAUGGGGACAAAUGGGGUCCAGACAUACCACCUGCAAGAGAACUAUGGGGUUUUUACGUUGGACGUUGAGGAGAAUGAAAAUGGAGAAAGGACGCCAUACCUGAUUGUCAUGGGCGCUUUGGACAGGGAGACCAGAGAUGAGUAUGUCACCCUCAUAAGUGCAGAGGAUGGAGGAGUUCCACCACUGGUGGGCAGUGCCACCCUCACUAUUGGUAUCAGCGACAUCAACGACAAUUGUCCCCAGUUCAACGAGACUCAACUGAACGUCACUGUGUUUGGGAACUCUAGCACUGGUUUGCGCAUAGCCUCUGUCUAUGCUACAGAUGCAGACCAGGGCAUCAAUGCCGAGAUUACCUACUCCUAUAGCCAAAAGGUACCACAGUCGUCCCGUGCUUUGUUUCGCCUUGACGAAAGGACGGGAACCAUCCAGCUCGCCAAGAGGAUCAGUGGGGACACGCCUCGUCUUCACAGGUUGAGCAUAUUGGCCAACAGUCCUGGUUGUAUCCCAGCAGUGAUCACUGUGGUCGUAUCCAUCAUAAAAGUAAUGCUGAGACCACCAGAAAUAAUUCCUCGUUUCAUAGCAAAUGAAGCUGAGGGGGUGGUUUACCUGAGAGAGCUGGAACCUGUUAACACACCAAUAGCAUUUUUUACCAUAAAAGACCCGGAUGAGAAAUACAAAGUGGAUUGCUACUUGGAAGGGGAUGGACCGUUCAGAUUGUCACCAUACAAACCGUACCACAAUGAGUACUUACUGGAAACUACAAAGACAUUGGAUUUUGAAACUCAGAGGCACUAUGAAAUAUCAGUGGUUGCAUGGAAUUCAGAAGGAUUCCACAUCACUAAAAUAAUGAAAGUGAAUAUUCUGGAUGAUAAUGACAACUCUCCUGUGUUCUCCCAACCUCUGAUAGAAUUAUCUAUUGAGGAAAAUAAUGCUCCUAAUGCUUUUUUGACCAAGCUGCACGCAACAGAUGCUGACAGCGGAGAAAGAGGACAAAUAUCUUAUUUCCUAGGGCCUGAAGCCCCGUCGUAUUUUUCUCUAGAUAAAGUCACUGGAGUCCUUACAGUUUCCACUCAACUGGAUAGAGAAGAAAGAGAAAAAUACCGCUAUACCGUCAAAGCAGUAGAUUGUGGAAUGCCUCCCCGAGAAUCGAUAGCCACCGUGACCAUCUCAGUUUUGGAUAAAAAUGAUAACAGUCCAAGAUUUAUUAACAAGGAUUUCAGUUUUUUUGUACCAGAGAACUUCCCAGGCUUUGGCGAAAUUGGAGUUAUAAGUGUCACAGAUGCAGAUAUAGGGCAAAAUGGAUGGGUCGCCCUUUCUGUCAUAAACAGCAGUGAUAUCUUCGUUAUCGACACGGGCAAAGGGGUGUUGAGGGCAAAAGUCUCCCUGGACAGGGAACAGCAGAGUUCGUACACCUUGUGGGUUGAAGCGGUUGAUGGAGGUGACCCUCCUUUGUCCUCCACGGCCAAAAUAACCAUCCUUUUGCUUGAUAUAAAUGACAACCCACCGUUGGUCUUGUUCCCUCAGUCAAAUAUGUCUUACCUGCUAGUCCUCCCCUCUACACUGCCCGGAUCUCCGAUCACAGAAGUCUAUGCUGUAGACAAUGACACCGGUAUGAACGCGGUCAUCGCGUACAGUAUCAUCGGUAGAAGAGGCCCGCGGCCAGACUCCUUUAAAAUUGAUGCCAAGACCGGCAAUAUCACUCUGGAAGAGUCUCUCAUGCAAAACGAUUAUGGCCUCUAUCGACUUCUCGUUAAAGUGAGCGAUCACGGAUACCCAGAGCCGCUCCAUUCCACAGUCAUGGUGAACCUCUUUGUCAACGAUACGGUGAGCAACGAGAGCUACAUUGAAAGUCUGUUAAGGAAGGAACCGGACAUAAACGUCGAGGAGAAAGAGCCACAGAUUUCAAUAGAGCCCACGCACACAAAAGUAGAGCUGGCAUCCUGCAUGCCAACCUUGGUGGCCCUAUCAGUAAUCAGCUUGGGUUCAAUCACUCUGGUGACUGGGAUGGGGAUUUACAUCUGCCUAAGGAAAGGGAGGAAAUAUCACCAAGGCGAUGAAAACUUGGAAGUACAAAUCCCAUUAAAUGGAGGCCUCAGUCUGCAUAUGCUCGAGAAGAAACCGAUGGAGAUUUCUAACAUCUGA